UUUUCUCAGCAAUUUUCUGAUUUCAAACAAGAACUUCGGUGCAAAAAACAAAAACUUGCAAACUUUUGUAGGGCAGAUAAAACUAUGGUAUUCAUCGAUUGUGUGAUCACCUGUUGUUAUUUUUCUUGUGAAUUUAAGUAAAGGAUUUGCCGGUCGUCUGCACAUGAUGGUGAUUAGCACGUGUUGGUUUCUGAUGGUCCUGUUCAGUGUCCUGCAAGCUACCAACGGUCAAGAUCGAUGGUACUGGUAUCAGCAAGCAAAAAGCACCCUUUUGAAAAAUCUAGAUGACGACAGAAACUACAAUGUGGCCAAGAAUCUCAUUUUGUUCAUCGGAGACGGGAUGGGCAUGACUACGGUCACUACUGCUCGGAUACUCAGGGGGCAGAAAGCUGGACACACCGGAGAAGAGAACGAACUGGCAUUCGAUAAAUUCGAAUACGUUGCAUUAGCAAAGACCUACAACACAGACAGUCAGGUCGGGGAUUCUGGUGCUUGUGCCACUGCUCUACUCUGUGGAGUCAAGGGUCGAUUUGAAACGGUUGGCCUGGAUGACAGCGCUCGUUACGAUAAGUGUCAGUCCAGUUUUAACUCCAGGAUACCAUGCUUAGCAGACUGGGCCCAGGCAGAAGGCAAGUCGACAGGUCUGGUGACAACGACCCGUGUGACCCAUGCUACACCAGCUGCGAUGUACAGUCACUCCGCCAGCCGUUACUGGGAAAGUGACGGCAAAAUCCCGAAGGGAGACCGAGCGGAGUGCAAAGACAUUGCCAGACAGCUUGUAGAAGAUGAUCCUGGGAGAAAUAUAAAUGUGAUUUUGGGUGGAGGAAGGGGCAACUUCCUUCCCGGCAAGAAGAAGGACUCCGAGAUGUGGACAGAGAUGGGGCGGCGAGAGGACAAAAGGAAUCUCAUUGUAGACUGGAUGAAAGACAAGAAGAAUCGACACCUGUCCUACAAAUACGUUUCCACCAAAGAAGAUUUCGACAGACUUGAUCCCAACAAGACAGACUACCUACUAGGUUUAUUCAACUAUCAGCAUAUGGCAUAUGAAGUAGAUCGAGAUUCUGGACCCGAAGGUGAGCCUUCGCUAUCAGAAAUGACCAAGAAGGCUAUUGAAAUUCUGAGAAAAAAUCCUCUGGGAUAUUUUCUUAUGGUGGAAGGUGGUCGUAUCGAUCAUUCUCAUCAUUUCAAUAAUGCUCAUCGUGCACUGGAGGAUACGCUAGCUUUGGAAGACGCCGUCAUCACAGCACUGCAAAUGACCAGACCUGAUGACACCUUGUUGGUGGUCACUUCAGACCACUCUCAUGUUUUUGCAUUUGGUGGCACUCCGAAAAGAGGGAAUCCUAUACUUGGCCUUGACAACAAAGAAUCAGAUGUAGAUUACAUGCCGUAUACCACACUACUGUAUGCAAAUGGUCCCGGAUAUAACAGAAAUUUCCCGACAGGAAGAGAAAAUCUCACGGAUAAAGAUACAGAGGACAUCAACUACGUGCAACAGAGUGCCGUGCCUCGCCGCUGGGAUACCCACGGUGGCGAGGAUGUACCAGUGUAUGCUCAUGGUCCUAUGGCCCAUCUCUUCAGGGGCGUUCUCGAACAGACCUACAUUCCUCACGCCAUGGCCUACGCAGCCUGCAUAGGUCAUCACAGAGACGACUGCGAGCGAAGGAGGCGACACGCAUUCCAUCGGCAAGUCAUUGACUGCCCAUCACCGCACGUUGAAUCCUCCACACGCGUUACAAGCUAUGACCUGGCUCUCUUGUGGUUGAUGGUGAUAGGUCUGCUUAUCAGGUGAUGAACGUUGCCCUUCAGCACCAAUGAAUCAAUGAUAGUGGAGCUUCGAUGUUAGAGAAACACUUCCCAUGUUUAUCGGGAUGCGAUGUUGAAUUCUGUGAUCUAAUGAUUGUUGUGAAGGCUCAAGCGGCUGGAGGAUUCUAUUCAAUUUGCUCAGUGUGAUCGUGUCCUGUUUAAUGUUUCAUAUCGAUUUGGUAUACAUGAUCUCCGUUAAAUGGAUUUGUCGAUAGAUGGGACUGAUAAACCUGUCAGUUAUUUAAUGGGCUGAUGUGUUUUCAUGGACGGAGAAGAACUCUUUAUAUAUCGUGUUGUAACGAUCAGGUCAGCUCUCUAGUUCAUGAGAGUUAUUAAGUGUUAUUCGACAACAAAUAUAUGCUAUAAUUUAUUCAUUGUUCUUUGAAAUGACUUUUUCAUUUGUGUGGAUUCCAGAGAAAUUUUUAUGUGCAUUAAUUGGAAAGAUAAUAUAAGGAAAUCUUUAAAAAUUACGUUCUUUAGUUGCAAAUGAUAUAAUUCAAAACAUAUUAUUUUAAUCAAACAAUUAGGUUUACAUUCGUACGAAUUUUGGUUUCCGUCAU